GUGUCUGGCCCGGGAAGUUUCGGGCGCCCAAUCUCUGCCGGAUACGACAUUACUAGCGCUUCUAGUGGGUGGCUUGAGAAUCAGAAACAAUUGGUUUGUUUUGAAACACGAGAGGUGACGAGACGACAAGUACUUUGCAGGCUUUGCAGGUCAAGUCGUGAAUUAAAACAACAUGACACUGGCUGAGAGGUGUCGUCUGUGCGCGCUGCCGGUGGCGCAGUUCGUGCCAGUGUUUGGGGAGCACGGCCGGCGCAUCAAUCUGGAGCACAAGUUGCGGAUUUGCUCCCCAGUGCAGGUGAAACCGGACGACAGUCUGCCAACACAAAUAUGCUUGUGUUGUCUUUCACAACUAGAUCAGACGUAUGAAUUCUAUCAGAAAGUCAAGGGGGCGCAACUUCUGUUAAAAGCUGGGACUGAGGAUAAAUCACGAAAGAGACAACUGUCAGAAACCGAAGAGGAUGAUAGCAGUAAAAGAUUUCAAUUUCAAUUCGGAACAACCUUAGUGUCAAAUCUCACUAAACCGGUUGACACUCUUGAGAAGAAGCAUUCCGGCCCUUCCCCAUCAGAGGUCAGGAAGCCUCAACCUCCAUCAACUACCUAUGUCAAUGUGACCAGUUCAGGAGCAUCUCUACACAAAGCAUCUCCAGCAAAAGAUUUUCCCGCAAAAGGCCCUUUACUUACUGUACCUACCAUUAUCUCAGCCAAAGCCACAGAACCCUCAGCCACACAAACCUCAGCCACACAACCUUCAGCCACAAUACCUGCGGCAACAGAACAGAGCAAGCCCUUCACCAAACCCAACCCCAAGCUCAACCUAAAGACUGAGCCAAAAUCUCCAAACAAAAGCUGUGAUGAUAUUUUCAAGUCCUGCAAAUACUGUGAUAGAAAAUUCCUUCUGGCUGACUAUUGGUCACAUGAAGCGCUCCAUAAAGGACGUAUUGCCUUCAUAUGUGACCAAUGCAACAAGAGCUUCUUCUCAGAGCAGGCAUACCAACGCCACGUUGCAAGACACCUGACAAGGAACAAGGAAAGAGUGACAACUGACAAAGUGCAGUAAUUUGAAUUUGAUACAGUAUUAAUUAAUUUUCUUAUAUGUGAUCAGUGACUCCUAUUAUUUAUUCAUUUAUUUUGUAGCCUUUUCAUUGUGUGUAUUAUGUUACAACAGGAUUGUUUCAGGAAAAAUCAAGACUCAGUUAAAUAAAUCAUGAUUUAUGUGAAAAAAAUGACAAAAUGUACAGUUUAAAAUCAACAUUGUUAAUUUAAUAAAGUCAUGUUUAACAUAA